CUGAAUUUGCGGGGUAUGGGGUCAUCGUACAACGACUUCACUCUUAUCUAAACUACGUAUCAAGUCAAGAAUGCUUAAAGCAAAAAGGGACGCCGAUUGAAUUCGGGACAUCGCCAUGGCUGCUUCAUCACUGCCACUUUUGGCUCUCCUCAGUGCGCUACUUCUUUUAGUUCUGAACAAAUUUCGACAGAGGUUCUAUGACAUAGGCAAAUUACCCUUACCGCCAAAACCAUCUGGUCUACCCCUCUUGGGCAACGCUAUUGACGUGAUCCGAUCGACAAAAGCGAGUUCGCAACACCUAUUGUUUGAGCGAUAUGCUCGCGAGCUGGGCGAAAUUGUACAAGUUCAAGUUGGGCCCUUCACCCAGUACUUUGUCAACAGUGAUGAGGCAGUAAAAGCUAUCUUUGAUAAAGCCUCUGCAAGCUCAUCCGGACGCCCGCGCUGGAUUGUCAGCAACGAGCAAAUCUGCGACCAGAAAAACGUUCUUUUGCUUAGUGCAAGCCAUCCUCGAUGGAAACAGCAGCGGAAGACCAUUCUGCAAGGCCUGACUAGUGUCCCACGUGCGGACGCUGGAAUCAAAUACUUGCAUUAUGAAACUGCCAAAUUCCUGCACCAGGUCGCAAAUGAUAGCCAAUUGGCCAACAACAGCGUUGAUCUCUUUAACGAGAUAGGGAGAUAUACAUACAGCAGCUUUUCCAGCCAGACGUUUGGCAUGGAGAUUGCGGAUGAGAAUGACCCAGCAAUCGAGUACAUCUUCCGGAGUGGUUUGGAGCAGAUUCUCGGUACGCUUCCUGGAUCGUACCUUGUCGACGUAAUCCCUGCACUCGACCGGUUGCCCCUGGCUCUCAAGCCAUGGGAAAGAAAGGGAAGAGCCCUGUUCCAGGACAACAAAAAGUGGUGCGAUGAACGCAUGCAUCGUGUACAGAUGGCCAUCGACGCGGGUACAGCGAAUGACUCAUUCCUGGGGCGCAUCUUACAAGACGAGAAAAGCAUGAGCCUUGAAGAGCGCUCCGAAGCAGCGUAUCUGGCUUUCAUGCUCAUCAUUGGUGCUGCAGAUACGUCGAAAAUGUCAUCAUGGUCAUUCCUCGAAGCUAUGAUGCGCUUUCCAGAGGUCCAGAAAAAGGCUUUGGAAGAGAUUGAAGCUGUUGUGGGGGUCGCCGACCGACUUCCCGUUUACGAGGAUCUGGAGUCUAUUCCAUACGUCCGUUACAUGAUGAAGGAACUCUGGCGAUGGCGGCCACCUGUUGCACUUGGUCAUCCGCACAUAACGACACGUGAACUGGUUCACAAUGGCGUCCGUAUUCCGGUGGGAUCUCGCAUCCAACUCAAUGCAUGGGCGAUAGGCCAUGAUCCUAAUCGCCACGCUGACCCGGAACGCUUCUGGCCUGAGCGUUACGAGGGGGAUCUCACGAAUAGCGAGCAAAGCAAAAACUCAGCCAAUGUCAAGGAUCGUGACCACUUCGCCUUUGGUUCUGGAAGACGCAUUUGCCCAGGGUAUCAUGUUGCAGAGCGCUCCCUGGCAAUCGCGAUCAUGAGGGUAGUCUGGGCCUUCGAGAUCACGCCGUCGCCAAAUGCGAAGCUUCCACUAGACUCGAGGGACUAUCCAGGGGAGAUGCCGGGAAAUCCAGGGGAGCACAUGCCAGUUACACUGAAGGUGCGAAGUAGUACAAAGAGAGAUGUCAUCAACGCGGACUAUAGUGAACUAAGGGCAAGCACCUUCUCGCUGGAGCCUUUAACUCUAAAAGCGCAAUCGACGUAG